UUGUAUACCUUCUAUAAUGAGUAUGUAUGUUUGUCCUCAGAGUUAUCCCCAUUCAUACGUCACUGGCAGCCUACGAGCUACGAGCCGGCGCGGAGGCGCGGGCGCAGGUCACUCACCCCCUCCCCGCAGCCCCCCACAGACAUAAAGUUCUAUUUCAAAGCCCAUAACAGGGAAUUCAGGCUGAUUCUUCAUCCUGACCCAAGCUCCGUGUUCGCUGAAGGGGUGCAGUUCCAUUCAUCAGCCGGCCCCAUAGAUUACAAUACUGCUAGUGUCUACUCCGGAAAACUAGAAGACGACGACUCUUCUCACGUAUAUGGCGUGAUAACAGCUGAAGGUCUUUUCGAUGGCACCAUAUGGACUCAAAAUGAAGAAUAUUAUGUUGAGCCACUCUCCCGCUAUGAUAUCGAGCACCCUUCAAUGCACAGCGUCAUAUACAGGCGAUCAGACGUAGAACAUCCACAUGCGAACAGUGAAACGUCACACUGCGCCUCUCAUUUACUACACAUGAAGACUAAACAAGGGUAUGAAGGGGACCUAUUCAACUUCACCGAUCAAGUAUCCCUCAAGAGAGUACCAUUCAGCAAUAGUACGGAAGACUUGAAAACUGAAAUCAACAGGCGGAAGAAGCGAUGGCUUCCCGAAGACGAAAUGCAAGACGACGAGCCAAAGAAGAAUCCCGAAUUACCUUUAGAUUUAGACGUCCCGUACACCAGUAAUAGCGAUCCAUUUGAUAAGUUUAGCACGAGAAAACCAAAAACUAAAAUCGAUAAAAGUAAUCUCAUAACGAAAGUUAGACUCGAUUCAGAGGAGUCUCGACCCAAACCAAAGACGCACGUGGAGCUUAUAAAAACAAAAGCCGGUGUAGUGACUGUUAGUAAGGACGUUGUUAAAAAGGAACCGGUCGGUUAUACAAUACUGUCGGCGAACGCUACCGACGACGGCAGGCACGUCAACAAACGAGCCACGGUUGAUCCGAGGAAGACCACAUGCUUAGUGUACCUACAAGCGGAUCACAUGUUCUACCAAAGAUACGGAUCUGAGGAAGCGUGUAUAGAAGUCAUGACGAGACAUGUCCAGAAAGUUAACGCGAUAUACAAAGUUACAGAUUUCAAUCAAGAUGGUAAGCCGGAUAACAUCACGUUCAUGAUUAAAAGGAUUAAAGUGCACACGCUAGACGCCCUCAAAGAUCCAGCUUAUAGAUUCCCAAACAACUACGGCGUGGAAAAAUAUUUGGAACUGUUUUCAGAGGAAGAUUAUGACGCGUUUUGUUUGGCGUACAUGUUCACUUACCGUGAUUUCGAGAUGGGUACCCUGGGUCUAGCUUGGACGGGAGACCUCAAAAACGCUGGUGGGGUCUGUGAGAAAAACGGACACUACCGAGGUAGUAUGAAGUCUCUGAACACGGGUAUAGUGACGUUACUGAACUACGGUAAACACGUGCCGCCGGCUGUAUCUCACGUCACACUCGCCCAUGAGAUAGGACACAACUUCGGGUCGCCGCACGAUCCGGAAAUGUGUACUCCAUUCGGCGAAGACGGUAACUACAUAAUGUUCGCUCGCGCUACAAGCGGCGAUCGUAAGAACAAUAACAAAUUCUCGCCGUGUUCAUUGAGAGCCAUAGACCCAGUACUGAACAAUAAGGCUCGCUCACCCAAAGGAUGUUUCACUGAACCUCAGCCCGCUAUAUGCGGUAACGGUGUAGUUGAGGACGGUGAGGAGUGUGAUUGCGGCUGGGCGGCCGAGUGUACGGACGUCUGCUGCCGACCCCAAGCAGCUCGACCUCACUACAAGCCCUGCACCCUCACUGAACAUAGCGUGUGCAGUCCUAGUCAGGGUCCAUGCUGCACCGCCUCUUGUACGUUGAAGUUCGGUGACAAGUGUCGUUCUGAUAACGGUUGUCGUGACGCUGCUCAUUGUGACGGUAAGCGGGCAGCCUGCCCCGCUAGCAGACACAAGCCGAACCGAACGAGAUGCGACAAGGAACUCGUCUGCUUUAUGGGAGAAUGCACAGGUUCUAUCUGCCUGGCGUAUGGUCUUGAGUCGUGUCAGUGCGCCGCCCGCAAAGACGAUCCUCGUUCUGCCUGUGAGCUAUGCUGCAGAAAACCUUCCGGACCCUGCGUGUCAUCAUUCCAUUGGAACACCGCGCCUUACGACGUACCAGACAUGUACGCUAAACCUGGCACACCAUGCAACGAUUACAAUGGAUACUGCGAUGUGUUCCAACGUUGUCGCGAGGUGGAUCCUUCUGGUCCGCUGGCGACGCUGCGUCGUCUCCUUCUGUCAGAUGAAUCUCUGGCCGGGUUCAGACGGUGGAUGCUGCGUCACUGGUACGCCGUGCUGCUCAUACUGCUCGCUGUUAUAGCGCUGCUGGUCGCUAGCACCCGUUUCUUCGGCCGUAACGCUAAGAAGAUCAAGUCAGUAACAAUAAUACAUUCGUCAACUACUGAAACCGUUCGUCUUCCGGACGCUACGGACCAGGGACUCAUAGUGCACACUGCUGUGAGAUCAAAGCUGCCCCUGAAAAAGAAAGUAGCGCUUAGAACACGAGGCUAUAGAGGCAAAAAGGAAAUACAGAAACAGGGCGACAAGGCGUCUCCGUCACAUAACAUUAAGAAGAGGAAGCCGAACGGUACUCCAAAGAUUGACGACACCCAUAAAGAAAACACAGCAAUUGUAACAAAUGCUGAAGGAAAAUCACCGAAACACGUCAUCCUAUCGAAACAUAAGAAAGUUAAAAAACGAAAAGUUAAAGUCAAGAAAGAAACCAUCGACUACAGCUCAAUGCAGAAACAUUCCUCGAGUACACCGCCCAAGGACACUGAAGCUUUAACUAAAGUACAGAAAUGGCUUCUGAGUUCACCACAACCCACUGCCAUACCUAAGUCUAAGUCAAUUCCCGUAGGUCUUACUGAGAGAACUCAUAGGCAAGUAUCGAAAGGUAGAAAAACUCGACCGUCCAAAAGUGCAACAAAUCUUCUCUCUGGCGAAAAAGCCAGACUGCAGGUUGUUUUCAAACCUCCAUUUAGGUUUAGUGUUAAAAUCUGUAAGAGUGACAAGACUAAGGUUGUACUCGAUAAGUCUUCGAAGCCCGACGUAGAAAGGAAACGUCAAGAUACUCUGCCACAGGCGACCUGUCCGGCCGAAGUGACCAACACGAACCCAAAGCUUCUCAGACAAACCUCGAAAACUACUGACAACGGAAACAUUCCAAAAACAGAAGUAGGUAACAAAGAGAAAGACUGCCAUGGAUAUGAAAAUUUACUGCCAAGAAGUGCCAGCGACUGUAAGGUCGCUAAAAAAGUACCAGAUUUAAAAAAUAGAUCGGGACAUAAGAAGAGCAACUCGGUGGGGCAAAAACGAGAAACUACUGAAAGUAGACAGAAUCUUAUUUCACAAGAGGACUGCGAUAAUGUACACGUGUAUGAGAACUUACUACUGACAGAGGAUACCUUCACACCCAAGAGUUGUAGCAUGCCGCGACGACAAACAUCCGCCGGGAUAUCACGACAGAGCAGCUACGGACAUCUACCUCGAGCUCAGAUCCGCCCACAUAGACAUAGCACCAACAACGUGAACCGUUCAAGGAAUAACAGCACCAACGAACAAGAACCCUUCUAUAAUAUAAUAGAGACGUUGAGGAAAGACAAAACGAGCGGGAACAAAGGGAACACGUCCAAUACUAACACCAGUAGUUCCUCCGGCAGUGCAAGGGACGAGUCCAGGAUAAGUAGAUCCUCGCGACAGAACAGUCUAGUUGACAAGCCGUCUCGCUCUAACGUCAGUGAAGCUCCUAAAAAACUAUGUCGCCAAUCAAGCGAGGCGGAGUUAGGGAAGCAGGCGAAUGACAAGAAUUUACGGGGCUUUCAGCUAGUUGUGGGGAAAGACAAGCUGAAACGGCAACUGAGCGACAAUGAACUGAGUCGAUCGAGGAUGCAAUUAGCGAUGCCGAUGUCAGCCGGCGCUGAGCCCAGGCGAGCCUUCUGUUGGAGCAAGCGAGCGAGUCUCGACUGUGAAGCCUCACUACCUACCACAAGGCCCAACAAGAGGACCACGUACACCUUCGGCGAACUCAAGAACACCGUCCCCAACUCAAUCGAAGCCGCAGCCGUUGAUGGCAUACAGAUCUCGCCCGAAGAUUUCCUUAAAAUUAUCGACAAUUAA